AUGGGCAAAGGAACGGACAAGCUCUACAUUACACACUCCGAGUGGGCCUCCGAGGAUGCUUUCUCCGCCAGCGCAGGCGCCGGUGUUGGGAAGGCCAAAAAGGGUGGUGCCCCCGGCGCAUUCAAGCGCCUGCCCUUCAACUUCUGUUCGCUCUCCCUCCAGCCCUUUUCGCACCCGGUCUGCACACCCACCGGCAUCAUCUUCGACCUGACCAACAUCCUGCCCUGGAUCAAGAAACAUGGCACCAAUCCCGUCGAUGGCGCGCCGCUGAAGAGCUCCGAUCUGAUCAAGUUGACGAUCGCGAAGAAUGAGGAGGGCGACUACGUCGACCCGGUCACGUUCAAGGUCCUCACGGAUAACACGCAUAUCGUCGCACUGCGCAACACGGGUAAUGUCUUUGCUUGGGAUACGGUGGAGAGACUGAAUAUUAAGGGGAAACUGUGGCGCGACCUGGUUACUGAUGAGGAGUUUACUCGGAAGGAUAUCAUCACCCUGCAAGAUCCGCAGAAUAUCGAAUCACGCAACCUCAGCUCGUUCAAUUACUUGAAGGAGGGCGAUACGGAGAUUUUGGAGGGACAACGGGCGUCGGGGAGCGUGAACAGCAAUGCGCUCGGUAGCUCAGCGAAGAUUCUGAAAGCGAAGGAGGCGGUGGCUAAGGCUCGAGCGGAACGAGCGCAACAGACCGGCUCUGCGACAGCAGGUUCCAAAGCAGUCUCCAAAACCGGAAGCCCCGCCACUGCACCGUCCAAGACAGGGACAAUCCAACAAGGGAAGCCGACGCCCUACAACGCCGCACGAUUCACGACCGGCAAAGCUGCCGCUUCUUUCACCAGCACGGGACUUACCCCCCACACAUCGGGCGAGCUGGCACUGCUAUCGGAAGAAGAGUACAUGUUGAAACGGGGUCGGGUCAAGGGUAAAGGGUAUGCGCGAAUCGUGACCACGUCCGGCCACUUGAACCUGGAGCUGUACGCCGAAUACGCGCCCAAGGCCGUGUGGAACUUCCUCCAGCUCGCCAAAAAGGGCUACUACAAGGAUGUCGCUUUUCACCGCAACAUCAAGGGGUUUAUGAUCCAGGGCGGUGACCCGACUGGUAGCGGACGCGGUGGAGAGAGCAUUUGGGGCAAGUACUUCUCCGAUGAGUUCGAGGGCCCGUUGAAGCACGACUCCCGGGGUACGCUCAGCAUGGCGAACAAGGGCAAAAACACGAAUAGCAGCCAAUUCUUCAUUGCUUAUCGAGCCUUGCCGCAUCUCGAUCGCAAGCAUACCAUAUUCGGUCGUAUCAUUGACGAUCCAACCCCGUCGUCCACCACCCUGAACAAGCUCGAAACGCAGCCCGUAGACUCGUCCACGAAUCGGCCCACGCCGGAUAUCUUUAUUAAGGACGUCACUGUCUUCGUGGAUCCAUUCGAAGAUUUCCUGCAGCAGAAGCGUGCCGAAGAGGCCCAGGGGGCUGCCGGCAAGCCGGAAGAAGAGGACGAGGCUACGCGUCGUGUGGACGAUGACCGUGUCACUUGGACCGGCAAGCGAGUUCGCGGUGCCGGCGCGGCGUCGGAUGACAGCUCUGCAGGUGUGGGCAAGUACUUGAAAGCCGCGCUGGCGGACCGGGCCGGGCAAGAAGAAGACGAGAUCGUGGAGUUCGUGGAUGAUGAGCCCGAGCCCGAGCCCGUGCGCAAAAAGAUGAAAGGCACGGGGGGAUUUGGGAAUUUUAGUUCAUGGUAA